AUGAGACCGAGUUCCUCAAAUCCUCCUCCAUCCUCUCUAUCACCGCCGCCGUUUUGGCACCGGAAUUCUCCAUUGCCGUACCUGUUCUUCGGAUUUGGAUUCAUGUUGGUGCUGAUCGCCGCCGCUUUGGUCAUGCUCGCUUGUUCCUUCCGGAACAGACACUCACGCCGUACAGCCGCCGCACUCGAGCCAGAAAAGCCGGUGUGGUUUAUGGAAUCACCGACAGUUGCUGAUUCCUCGCCGAAGAUUGUGGUGAUUAUGGCAGGGGAGGAGAAUCCGAGUCAUCUGGCAAUUCCGGUAUCUUCGAGCUCAGACUGUGUUUGCAAAGUCUAA